AUUUCAUAAAAAUCUUCAAAGAAUAUAUCAUGAUGAUGGGAAAAGAGGAUCUAGGUUUAAGUCUUAGCUUGGGAUUUGCACAAAACCACCAUCCUCUUCAGCUAAAUCUAAAACCCACUUCUUCACCAAUGUCCAAUCUCCAGAUGUUUCCAUGGAACCAAACCUUUGUUUCUUCCUCAGAUCAUCAAAAGCAACAGUCUCUUAGGAAAAUCGACGUGAACAGCUUACCAAAUACGGUGGAUUUGGAGGAGGAGACAGGAGUUUCAUCUCCAAACAGUACGAUCUCGAGCACCGUGAGCGGCAAGAGGAGGAGUGAGAGAGAAGGAACCUCCGGUGGUGGUGCCGGAGAUGACCUCGACAUCACUCUAGAUAGAUCUUCCUCACGUGGAACCUCCGAUGAAGAAGAAGAUUACGGAGGAGAGACUUGUCGGAAGAAGCUCAGGCUAUCUAAAGAUCAAUCUGCUGUUCUCGAAGACACUUUCAAGGAGCACAAUACUCUCAAUCCCAAACAGAAGCUGGCUUUGGCUAAGAAGCUAGGUUUAACAGCAAGACAAGUGGAAGUGUGGUUCCAAAACAGAAGAGCAAGGACAAAAUUGAAGCAAACCGAAGUGGAUUGCGAGUAUUUGAAGAGAUGUGUAGAGAAAUUAACUGAAGAGAAUCGGCGGCUCGAGAAAGAGGCGGCGGAACUAAGAGCAUUAAAGCUUUCACCGCGGUUGUAUGGUCAGAUGAGUCCACCAACCACUCUUUUAAUGUGUCCAUCGUGCGAACGCGUGGCCGGACCAUCCUCAUCUAACCACAACCAACGAUCUGUCUCUUUGAGUCCAUGGCUCCAAAUGGCCCAUGGGUCAACCUUUGAUGUGAUGCGUCCUAGGUCUUAACUUUAAUGCCGGUUCUAUGGGUUGUUAUGUGGGUCAUUGUACUUUUUAGAUUAUUGACUCUCAGCUAUGUAUCCUUAAAAGCCUUUUUCAUUUUAAAUUUACUUUAAUCUGAUUAAAUUAGUUAUUCUUGU